AUGACAAACCACCGACGAUCGGCUUUGAUCCCCUGUGUUGCUUUACUACUUUAUUUGAGCCAUGAGAAUGCCGGAAUCUCCAGUAGGACCCGCAGCGGCCGUGAUGCGCAAUUCCCCUCAACCUCAUAUCCGUCUCCAUCGGAUAGUGGAGGAGGAGAAGACACAGGGGUAGCCCGAGUGUGGCCCAAACUCUACAACUACAAUAAUAAUACUAAUAGCAAGGAUACGUUUCUUAACAAUAGCAAAAAUACAAAGAUUAAACCAAAAAUACAGGAUAAUUUCAACAGUGAGAAUGGCAAUAACAGUACCAACAAGAGCCAUACUGAUAUCACUGUGAAAUUUAAAGGGCUAUCUCAUGCUCUGAGUAGUGCUGUGCAAGAAAUGGCUGAUGGGGGACCUAUGUGUGCAUAUCGAGUGCUAGAGACAGGUGAAGGCGGACAGCUGUGCUUCCGUCAAACACAGCACAACUUCAGAUGUCAUAGCAGUAACUGCCGGAAGGUGAAGUCAGCCAGUGGGUCUGUCGUUGCCAAUGUGUUUGCCAAUGGCAGUGUGCUGAUACAGUGGACCCACAAAGAGGUGUCACGGUCUUUGCCUAACCCAACUGAGGGAGUUUGGCAGGGUAGACAGGCUGGGUUCAGGCUGACCUGCUGGUGGAACGGCAGCUACACCCAGUUUGAGUGUGCAGGUGUUCACCUAGGAACCAGCUGCAGGGACUACCUGCUGAAUGAGCUUCAUGAGAAUGUUCCCUACCGUAUCUGCCUGCAUCCCCUCUUUCAGCCUCAGGCCCGCCUGGGAGCAGGACUUUUGGAUGAGACCAGUGCAUGUGUUGAGUUCAGCAUCUCUCCCACAGGGAUGCAAGAUAUCGUCAUCGCCAUGACAACGGUGGGAGGAGCCAUCUGCGUGAUGCUGGUCAUCAUCUGCCUGCUAGUGGCGUACAUCACUGAGAACAUAAUGAGUCCUGCAACACAGCACUCUCUCACCACUCAACGUUCACACCAUACACGCAGUCAUCACUAACACUACCCACAUUCACCUUGUCACCAGUGCCACUCAUUAUCUGUUCACUCCAACGAGAGGAACUCUUAUGUUUACUUUUACUGUAAGUUCAUACCCAUCACAGAACA